AUGAGAUUCUCAGUCCUUAUUUUAGGUCUAUUACCUCUGCUGGCCUUUGCCGCAGAUGAUGGCGAUGGCAAGGCACCUAGCAAGCCUGACACGCUGCCAGCGAUUCAGCCUCCUUUCGAUUUCAAUGGUAUCAUCGAGAAGGGGUUGAUGGAUAACCUUCAUCCUACCCCAAGUCAUAUAAAAUAUUUAACUGGGAACAAGAUGCCUACAGAUUGCAUGGCUCAUGCAAAAGAGAAAAAUCACGGACCAGACGAAUUUGAGGUCUUUGAGGUCUAUUACGAAGAUUGCCAUGUUCCGUGGGUGAUGUGCCGUCUCAAAGACACACAUGUCAACGCUACCACCAUGGCCGACACAUUCGGAAGGAUGCCGCUUGGAAUGCGAGAAUUCGUCAAGCAUGUAAUUCUCUUCAAGCCAAAAGACCUUCCAGGAGCAGCUGCCUGGGACGCCGGAGACGUCAUCGCGAUCAGUGAAGAUUCCUUUCGUCUUUACGUCCUCGCCCAUGAGAUGUCUCAUUCGAUAGACGCGCAUAUUGAAGUACCCGGAGUCACGCCCUCCGGAAAAGGCGGCCUUAGCUCGAGCAAGAGAUGGGCGGAGCAAUACGCUCUCGACAACGCGACGGUCAGCGACUAUGCGCGGACCCUAUGGGCGGAGAACUUGGCAGAGACGGGUAUCAUCGCCCUCUACAACAUCGUCGUUCCUAACGGCGUGGCCAACCUCCAGCAUAACUCACCUCGCCAAGUCUUCCACCAGUACGCCACAUAUACGACGUACUACCGCGAUAUCAUCACCCCGGGAAAGAAUCAAACCUGCAAACAGAGGGUGCCAGAUUCCAAGAUGGUGUACUGGCCUGAUAUCGCGUCGGACGGCGUACCGACGGAAACUCGCACGAAGAAGGUGGGCAUCACACUGAUGGAGCCAGGUGCAUUCGACGAGAACGUGACGUUCGUACAGCCACCCGCACGUUGA